AUGGAUAUCAAAAGGACAAAACCAGUGGUGUUGUACAACCACCCAGAGCCUCGGGAUCAUAGUCCUUCCGACUACCGCCCAUCUCGACUGGUUACAAGGGUAGCUACGUUGCCCCUGUUUGCGGAAGAUCCUGACAUUGGCCAGGGUUACAAGCUCACACGCACAUAUUCCGAAACAGAGACCAACAACUUUGAUGUGGAUACGGGCCACCGCCUUUACGACGAUGGCAGGAUUCGUACUAAGCCAUCGCGGACCGUUUCGCCCUCCAGACCUCCAUACCGGGAAUCAUCGUCUUCAAAGCUUUACCUGAGAUCCCACGACGAGUACAUUGAUGGUGAUUACAGUGCCCUCACGGGCCUAGAAGAUGAAUACGUGCCAGGUCUUGACUUUGGCGACGUCCUCACACAUUGGACUCACAACAGCUCCGAUGCUUCCACUCCUGUGUCCCGUGAUGGGCUGUUCUUAGAUUUAAACAAACUUCAUGCCAAAGUUGCUCCUCAACCUAUUCAAUUUAGAACGCAUCCGUUCAGCAAGGGUGCAGACUUCUCGCCGAAGCCCAAUUCCGAUACUCAUCAUCUCAAGAAGAAACCGAAGUGUUCACCUACUGUGGUGGAUCCAGUCAGUGGGGAAGUCAACUUCAACGCAGUGCUAGCUAGUCUUCCACUGAACUUCUCUGAUUUACCAUAUUCCCAAAGGAAAAAAAUGGUGAAGCUGUUCUCUGAAUCGAUUGAUUAUUCGCAGUUCGCCAACUUUGCAAAGUCUUAUAUGGGCGAGAAGUCCUCAGUUGGUCUGGGAAGAAAAUCCGAGAGUAAUUCCGUAGUUCGAAACGGCAGUUUCCUUCGCAAAUCCAGAAGGAAUAGCGCAAAUACAAUUGCGGGCCGCUUAUUGGCCCUCUCUCUGUCAUCUGAUUUGAGGAAGCUCGACAGAGCACCCAAGGUUAAUGUGGACGAAAAGGGAGCCAUUGUCCUUGGCCAUGAGUUGGGCAGGAUCAUCGGAUUUGGUGCCUGGGGCACCAUUAGAGAGUGUACAAAUAAGGAUGGCGUUGUGCAUGCCAUUAAGAUUGUCAAGUCAACAAAAGAUAAUGAACAUUCUGGUAAGGUUCACAAUCCGAAGGUUUUGCAGGUCUUCCGCAAAGAAAUCGAAAUUUGGCAACAGUUGCACCAUCCGAGCAUUCUUCCGUUGUUAGAUCAUGUGGCAACAGAGGACACUAUUUUCUGUCUCACUGACCGAAUUGGCGGAGGCACUUUGUUUGAAGUUGUGUCGAGAUGGGGUGAUUUUAAUGAAGGGGUUGACAGUACAGGUCCAUUCACGUUCCUGGUUGAGAACCAGAGAACCCGUUUGCAGACUACCAUCCAGUUCACAAGACAAAUAGUUGGUGCACUUCACUACAUGCAUCAGGAGUUAGGAAUUGUCCACGGAGAUUUGAAAUUGGAGAAUGUAUUGGUGGACGAUCUGGAUCCCACCAAUUUACAAGUCAUACUUUGUGAUUUCGGCAUGUCUCGAGUAUACGCUCCACAAAUCAGCAGAAAGCUGUCACGCUUAUUGGACUUGAGUACAGACAUGGGCCGUUCGAGAAGUUCUGCUGUUCCCAUACGCAAGCCCUACGACAGCCCCGACACUCAUAAUACGAGGUAUCUCUUCGCCGAUGACUUGAAGGUUGGAAUUCUGCACUUGCUUCGUCCACAUGGGCCUGCUCUUCAAUCAGUGGACUUGAGUCACCAUGGGUCUCAUGCGUCAUUGUUGGAUUUCCACGAAUUUAAGUCCAAAGAUAGCAAGUUGGGUGGUGAGAUUGAUUCGGACUUGCCCCAUCUGCACAUUGGUCUGUUGCCUUAUGCAUCUCCUGAACUUUUGAACCCUCUGCCUCCACCAUUGGGUCCUUCUGCCGACAUAUGGGCGUUGGGUGUCUUAGUGUACACAAUGAUCGUGGGUCGGCUUCCGUUUCAACACCCAUACGAACCUCGUUUGAGAGCUAUAAUCAGCGCCGGAAAGUAUAGCAGACGCACACUGAAACAAGCGUGUCUUAUGGAGUGGUUGUUCGAGGAAGAGCCCUCCUUGUCUAGCUCAUUGGUGGAUAUGGGUAGAAGGGAACAAAUUGAAAGGGUUAAGAUAGAGUGGGAAAAGCACGAUCCCAAAGAGUUUGAGGGUGUUAAGUGUGUGAUUGAAGGGUGUUUGGAAAGGGACAUUACAAAGCGAUGGGAUAUUGAUCUGAUCGUGCGCGAAUUGAGCAGCAACCACGGGGUAACAUCGAUUGCUGCAACAGAUAUCUAA